AUGGCGCAAAAGACAAAGGGCAUCCUUGGGGACUUAGUCUUGCUGCAUGAAGAGAAUCUCGCCCUUUUUGUGGCGUUUGGGACGAUUACAAGGCUCUUUCCUGGACCUGUGGGUUGUCGUUUUGCUGACGCCAACAACCAGAGGAAGCUUCGAAGAUCCUUCACGCGUCUCGGCCCGCUCCCGUUACUGAACAUUUGUUGA